AUGUCAUUUAUUAAAAGGAAACUUGGAAAGAAAGAUAAGGGUGGAGAGUCAGAGGCUCCAAUGACAGAGGCACAAAACGAUGAGGUUUUCAAGAAUAUAGAUUUCGGAAAGGAAGGAGAAGGCAAUGAACCUCCAGAGGAUAAGAAGAAGCUAUGGAGCAAGGUCAGUGGUCUCAUUGGAAAGGAUACUAUGUCUCUGGUGUCAUUACCGGUCUACUUUUUCGAACCCCUGACAGUUUUGGAGUCUCAGGUUGAACCGCUUCGUUUUGUACAUUUUAUUGAGAAAGCGUGUACAUUGGAGAAUUCUAUGGAUAGAAUGGUGUAUAUUACUGCUUUCAAUAUUUCUUUAUUUAGUUCAUAUGUAAGAACUGCUAAACCUUUUAAUCCCUUACUUGGGGAAACUUAUGAAUAUAUACCAAAGAGUGGAAAUUAUAGAACAUUUUGUGAACAAGUUAGUCAUCAUCCACCAAUUGGUGUUGCCGAGACAUCCAGUGAUAAAUUUAAUCUUCAACAAGAGUCAUGGAUUACUACCAAGUUUUGGGGAAAUUCAGUAGACAUUUUUAGUAUUGGUAACAAUCAUCUUUAUCUCAAUGAUUUUGGAGAUCAUUAUACUUGGAAAGUACCACAAUCUUGUUGUCACAAUAUUAUUAUUGGAAAGAUGUGGAUUGAACAUCAUGGUCAAAUGACAAUUACCAAUCACAAGACUGGUGAGAAAGCUGUAUUAAAUUUUCAAAAGUCAGGAUGGUUUGAUGGAACAACUAGAAAAGUCAACGGUGAAAUCUUUGAUAGCAAUGGAAGAAAGAGAUUCUUGGUUAGUGGAAGAUGGAAUGAAUAUAUAGUUAUCACCAAGUUGGAUGACCAUGGAGUCAAAUUUGAUGAAUUCACCAUUUGGAAAGCUGAAAAUGAUCCUGCAGUUGCCAAUAAUAAAUGGAAAUUGGGUACAUUUUUACAAUCAUUAAAUGAAAUGACACCAGAGUAUGAAAAAAUUUUACCUCCAACUGAUUCAAGGUUGAGAUCUGAUAGAAGAUACCUUGAAAUGCAAGAAAACAAGAUCGCCAACAAAGAAAAGAAUAGAAUAGAGGAGAAGGAAAGAGAGAAAAGGAGAGAAAGAGAGAGAACUGGUCAAGUCUGGACACCAAGAUACUUCAAGAAGGUGGACGAUCCAGUGUUUGGUUAUAGAUGGCUUUUCAAUGGAGAGUACUGGAAGGAAAGAAACGAGAGAAUCAGAGCAUUUGAAUCACAAAACAAUAUAAGUAGUAAACUCAGUUCUAUGAGUCUGACUGAUGAGUCUAUCUCAACUCCUGAUACUGCUACAUCUGGAUUCAGUAGUAUUUCUUCCAAUGAUGGAUCUAUGGCAUCCGAUGGUUUCAAAGGAGAAAGAAAGAUCACAUACACAACAACCAACACCAACACUGCAGGACAUUCAUCACAUUGA